CGGCCCCGCACAGGCGGGCGAUGGAGGCGCAGCGGGGCUUCUCCGAGGAGCAGUUCCAGGCCGCCUGCCGGGAGCUGAGCCAGCCGGCGCCGGCGGCAGGGGGAGCCUGGCAGCUCCUGGUGGAGACUAUGGGCAUCAGUAUCUACCGGCUCUACGACGAGCAAUCAGGACUUUAUGAGUAUAAAAUCUUUGGUGGCCUUGCCGAUUGUCCCCCAGAGUUGCUUGCAGAUGUCUAUAUGGAUUUAGACUACAGAAAACAAUGGGAUCAAUAUGUUAAAGAGCUGAGUGAGAAGAUUUAUGAUGGGAAGAGAAUAAUCUACUGGGAAGUGAAGUACCCUUUCCCUUUGUCAAACAGAGAUUAUGUGUAUAUUCGUGAACGUCGUGAUAUGGAGGUUGAUGGGCAGAAGGUCUGGGUUAUGCUGGCUAAAAGUGUGUCUCUUCCUCAGUGUCCAGAAAAACCUGGGAUUAUCAGAGUAAAUAGUUAUGUGCAAAGUCUGGUGCUUGAGAGUGAUGGCAAGACUGGAUCCAAAGUUUACAUGUAUUACUUUGAUAAUCCUGGUGGCAUGAUUCCGUCAUGGCUCAUUAACUGGGCAGCCAAGAGUGGAGUACCUGCUUUCCUCAAAGACCUGCAGAAGGCUUGCCUUAAUUAUUGCAAGAAAACCUGAGUUGCUGCUUCGAGUCUGUCUCUCUGAAUUGUUUGAUUUGAUUCCCAAAAUUGGAUGCUUCCAAGGACUACUAUUGUGAAAAAAUCGUUGGAUGAAUUUACCUCCUGAGAUCUACUACUCCAUUAUAAUUAGGUUCCAUUGGCAUAUGCCUUCAAAGUUGUCGAGCCUUUAUUUUUUCAUUUGCCAUCUGUUGUGCUCUUCAGCUAGAUAGCUGGCCAUCCUUGCUUCAACUGCUGAUGCAAUUAUUACCUGCUUUUCAAAUGGUUUCCUUCCUUUUUAUCCCAUUUCCCGCCUCUCCUCCCCCCUGCUCAUAUUCUGUAUGCUUUCUACCAUAGGUCCAUUAGGGGAACUCUGGCUUAUGUUAAAUCUUCAACAGAGAGUAGAGCCUGUUACUCCUUGUUGGAGGAGAAUACUCUAAAAUGGCAGCUUUUUAAAGUAAAUUUUGAUUCUUGUGGUGAAUCGGGUUUCUGUACACAUUAGGUAACCAGUUCUGGCAGGCGUUGCCUUGCUAAUAAAGUCCUUCUGCCAAAACUGGAUGCCUCUUGAAGGCACUCUCAAGUCUAAUGCAGUGGAUACUUUCCAUGAUCUUAAGUAUGUUUCUUUAUCCCUCCUUUUCCUAAAUUUUAUCCUGUAUUUAUUCGGAGCUGAGAUUCAUUGAUCAGAAAUGUCUGGCCAGUGAGCAGGAUGUGCACGUGGAGGAUAUUUGCUAUGUGUUGAUAAAUAAUCUGCCGCCCGCACUGGGACUCCUGCUAUUACAGGGUAUAAUUAAGAGUUUUGCUAUGAUCAAGUCUUUCAAUUGCAUUUAAACAGGCAUUUGGCUAAGUCCCAAUACUGGCAUCUUUGCCUCUAUCAUGUCUAAUAGUUUGUACCUACCAUGCUUUUGACACAUCCACUUAGUUGAGGGGAGGCUGGAAGAGACGUACAUGUAAUAAGUAAAGUUAUAAUGAAAUAAGACCGAAUGAGUCAGUUCCUUGUUCUGCUCUAAUGACAACCAAUUAGCGUACUAAAAGCCUAUCAAGCCCUUACCUGGAAGAGUUCUGUGAGGAAACACAGCUCAGAUAUCAACUAUAACUUAAAAUCCUUUUAGGACUGUCCCAAUAUCAGAUGUUAUCAGGGGAUCUCCUAAAUGUCAUGCUGGGGACUAAUGUUAAGGUUCUGCUUCCUCAUUCUUGAUCCUGACAUGGAGAUCAAUGGCUGUCUUAAGGCUAGCUCAUGUUUCCAAGUCUGAUACAAGGAGAGAAGGCCAAGAACCAAACUUUCCAGCUGAUACUAUAACUUAAGAAAUCCCAGUAAAAGAGGGGAAAAAAAAUCACAUGCAGCACCUCCAUGUGGGUGUGUCUGUGUGGGGGAGAAUAUUGAGGGAAAACACUUUCACAAAGGUGAUGCUCUCAGGGACAUAGCCCAUGCUGUUAAUGUAGCCAGACGCACAGCCUUCGGUGGAAUGGCAAAGCUUCUCCGUAACUAACCAGAUCUAUCAGCAUUUCUGUAUAUAUAAAAGUCAUGAUAUAAAUUAUUUGCCUUUAUACCUUAUGUGCUCUGAAUGGUAGUUGGUUGAUGAAUUAAAAACGAAACCUUGCGAUUA